UCCAGGUCUCCCUUCCUAUGUCAUCAAGUGUUCAGACUGUGUCCACUGGAGUCCAAUGCUCGAGUCUAUGUGAUGGUGUCUCAUUGCGAGUGGCUGCAGGUUUAGCAACUUUGCCAGAUCUCACCCCCCAGGAUCCUUACGACUCAGACUCAGCGAGUGAUGAUGAGGAAGAAGACAGCCAGAAUCCACAUGACCCAGAUUAUGAUCCGCUGGAUGAUGACAUCUCAAGUGACGAGGAGAUCGAGGAUACCCAGAAUAUGCCUGUCACUUGUCCAUUACGCACAGAUGUCCCACCAGAGGAAGAGCGACAGUUUUUGGUAUCCGAAUCGUGCUUGGCCCAGCUGUUACAGAAAUGUAGCUCUUGUGAUGGUGUAUGUAAUUCUGUGUUGCAGUUCACAAAAGGAACUAUGAUAGGGACACUUUCCACUUGCCCUAAUGGACACUCUUCCCAGUGGGAGAGCCAGCAGUGUCAUUAUGGAAUGCCAUGGUCUAAUAUUCUUGUAGCUAGUGCCAUAGUGUUUAGUGGAUCCAAUGUAUCCAAGAGCUUGCGUCUCUUUAGACAUUUGAAACUCACCAUGAUGUCAACAUCAACCUUUAACCGGAUUCAGACUGCCUAUGUGAUUCCAGCUUCACUUUUUACUUGGGAUUUUCAUCAGGAAGAGCUUCUUCGAAACAGUGAAGGAAAGAUCCUAACACUUGGAGGUGAUGCUAGGUGUGAUUCCCCUGGAUUCUCAGCAAAGUUUGGAUCCUACACACUCAUGGAUUUGGAGACAGAGAAAGUCAUGGAUUUUCAAUUGGUUCAGGAGUCUCAAAGAAGUUAGAAGCUGCAGCCAAAAAGAAAGAUUGUCAGAACAUCAGGCCAUGGGUCAAAAGUGCAGUCAACCACUGUUACUGGGUGGCUGUCUCUAGCGGGGAAAAUGGGGAACUCAAGGAGCAGAAGUGGG